AUGUGGAGGUUGGUGCUGGUGGUCAGUCUGCUGUGCUGCAGCUCUGAGGCUUCAGUGUCCUGCAAAGAUGAGAAAGGAGAUGAAGUGGACUGGUACAUCUUAUACAAGACUCCCAAAAGUCUGAAGGAUGGUUUGGGCUAUGUUUACAUUUAUCCAGAUAACAACAAAGUGAUUCAAUCUGGUGUUAACACAAAGCCCAUCAAUGCUGCUGACAGCUUCCUGGCGAAGACUCUGCACCAGCUCUUACAUUUCGACAUCAAAAACCCGUCAGAGACAUUUGGAUUCAUCAGCUACAAUGAUCAACCUCCAGGAUGCAAUGCUCAACCAGAGAAGUUUGGCCACAGUAAAGGAAUUGUGAUGGUGGAGAAAGCCAAGACUGGAGUCUGGCUGAUACACAGCACACCACAGUUCCCUUUCACAAGAGAUCCAAAGACUUUCUAUCCUCCGAGUGGACAAACAAACGCUCAGAUAUUUAUGUGUGUGACAUUCAACUACGACCAGUUCAAACUUAUAGGUAAACAUCUGCAGUACAUCAGAGCUUUCUCAUUUGAUCAUCAUAUUCCAGAAGGCCUUGAAGAAGAGCUUAGAAAGGCAGCAGAGUGGAGAGACUGGGGAGAGGCUACUCCGUCUGGUCUCUACCAGCAGCCACACUCAAAAGGCGGCCAAAUGUUUUAUAGCAUUACUAAUCACGGGCCAAAAAAUGAAAAAGGUGAUCUCUACGACACCAUUUCAAAAAAGCUUAAGAUUGAUUUGAGUGAUUUGAAGGUCCAGACGUGGCCUUCAAAGGACGACGUCCCUGACAGUGACGAGACUGUUGAGGGAUUUGUCUUCAGUCACACAGCUGCAGAGCUUCAUGACUUCAACCUGAAAACACAUUCAUCAAGGAAACAGCCUGUGGUUGAUGUGGUUGAUGUGGUUGGUUGGUGUGGUUGA